AUGUCCUGGAUAAACGGGCAACAGUUAACUGAUGAAUUUUUAAGGGAACACGUUAAAGAUCUGGAAAAUAAAAAGACCAUGUUGCUUGAGGAAAAAAGGCGCAACAAUGAAGACCUGGCUCUUCUGGAGUCUGAGGCUAUCAACGUGGAAACAGAGAAAAAUGACUUGGCCAAAACGUUGGGUUGUCUUCAAUAUGCAAGUUUCAUGAGGGAGAUGUCAAACCAAGACUUGAGCUCAUUCUAUCUUGGGCAAAAAGAAGACAUUCUCAGUGAGCAGAAUCAGAUCUUUAAUUUUAACAUGAUUUGGCAAGACUCUCAUACUGAGAAGAUGCAAAGACGGACAGGAAAGUAUGGGAUGGCCCUGCUUGAAAGUCGCUGUGUGGAAAUGGAAACGCGGAAUGACGACACGAUGACACAGUUGGCUCAUAAUCAAAGUCAACUUGCAAAGUUAAUGGAGGAAAAUAAAGACUUACGGUCUGAACUGGAAAAGGUGAUGCCGAAUAGCCUUAACAGUCUAUCCAUUCAGGAGUGGGCUCUUGGAUCUCAAAAGGGAAAUUUAUUUCCAAACAAACCAGUCAUAGUUCCUCAUUGUAACAACAAUCUGGAUGAACAAUACAAGGUCCUCAAAGAUCAGAUUGCAGAUCUAAAAAUACAACUUAAAAACCAUAAGGAAAGUGAAGAUGUACUGAUUAGACAGAAUGAUUCCCUUACAAAUGAGGUGGCUAAGCUUAAAGCACAGAGUUUGAAACCGGACACAUUGCUGGAGAAACAGAAUGGUGACUUGCGGGCACAACUUCUAUUUCAUCAAGAAAAAGCGAAAACUCAGUUAACUGUGCUUCAGCCCCAGAGUGUACAUAUGGAAAAACAGAAUUGCGACUUAAGGGAAAAAGUUAAACGUCUUCAAGAAAACAAGAGCUGUCUCGAUGAUGACAUUAGAUCCUUGAAUGACGCCUUAGCUCGAGCUCAAUCUCAAAGCGCAAAGAUGGAAACGCAGAAUUUUGAAGUGAAGGGACAAGUUAAAGCCCUUCAAGAAAAUAAGAACCAACUUCAGGAUGAAGUGAAAUCUCUUAAUGAUCAGGUGGCUUUGCUUCAGUCUCAGAGGACAAAGAUGGAGAUUCAGAAUAAUGAAUUGAGGGCACAAAUUAAAGCACUUCAAGAGAAUGAGGAUAUUUUGAUCAAGCAGAAUGAGACGCUCAACGAUGAGGUGACUCGUCUUGAAAGAAGCAACGUGAGAAUGGAUAAAAAGAAUGACAACUUGCGGACGCGACUAAAGGCUCUCAAAGAAAAUGAGAAUAUCUUAAAUGAGAAGACAGAAUCCCUCAUGGCUGAUUUGUCCCAUUUUGAGGUCCAGCGAGAAAAUGAUCAAACUAAGAUUUAUAGUCUUCGUACAGAACUGCAGACACUUCGGUGUCAGUUACAAGAUCAAGAUGAACUAUUGAGAAGGAUAAACCAUGCUGAAUCUCUCAUGGAGAAGGCGUGGGAGGAGAAGGAAAGACUGAGCAACAAACUGAUUGAGCUUGAAGAAGAUGGCAACUUUGUCAAAAAGCAAAAUGAUGAUGCCCGAGUCGAGUUGGAGAAGAAUAAAUCUCUUCAAGAACAACAGAGUGAGCAAAUUGCUCAACUGAAGGAAGCAUUAAAAGAGCAUAAACUCCAACUUGAGGAUUGCCAUUUUUUAAUCUAUAGUAAAGAUGAUGAAUUGGAAAAGCAAAACAAAAAAAUUGUUUAUCAAAAUGAAAACACGGAGGAGCUUGAGUGUCUGGUCAACAGUUUCAAACAGAAAAUACAUGAACUUCAAUGCCAGUUGGAACUCAAGCAGAUGGACGAAAUUUUAACCGCGAAUAAAAUCUGCAGAAGCCUGGAGGAGACGGCACCUGCGCGUGACCCAUUUCGUGAAAACCAAGUUGGAUUAAGGAAAGAGAUGAAGGAUGUGAAUAUGCAGGUAUCAGAUCUCCAUCAAAACGAUCGCUUCAUGGAGUCAAAUAGCCUCAUGAAGCACAACUUGACUUUGUGUGAAUCCCCGAGUCUGAAGAUGGAAACAGAAAAUGAUGAAUUGAGGACAAAGGUUAAAGAUCUUCAAGAAAAUGAAGCAAGAUUGAUUGAACUGAACAGGUGCCUCAGUGAAAAAGUCGCUCAUCUCGAAUCUUGGAAAACAAGGAAUAGAGAUUUGGGGGUCACGGCUGAAGAUCUCCGAGAACAUGAGGACUUGAUGCCUGGGCAGAGCCAUCUCCACGACGAUACUUUGAGUUUGAAGCUGAAGACGGAGAAUGGAGAUUUAAGGGUGCAAGUUCAAGAUCUUAAAGACAAUGAGAAACUUAUAAAGCAAAGGACAGAGACCCUCAAGGAUGAAAGGGACAAGUAUAAAACAGAGAAUAACCACUUGAAGACAUACACGGAGACACUUGAGUCUCAACUGUGUGAUCAAACUGAAUUUAGGAGAAGGGCGGAUCUUGCUGAAUCCCAGACGAAGAAAUACGUGGCAGAGAACGAUAAACUCAGGAAUAAAUUGCUGGAGCUUGAAGAAAAGGACAACUCUUACAAAAAGCAGCACGGUGCUGUCCAAGAGGAGAUGGAAGCACACAAAUCCGUCAGGGAGCAACAAUCCCAACAGAUUGCAAAACUAAAUGCAGCAUUAAAAUAUAAUGAACACCAGAUUAAGGAGGCCAGAGGUCUCCUGAGUAGUAAAGAGGUUGAGUUGGAAAAGCUAAAUGUGGUCACCGAAGAUAUGAAGACUUUAAUUACAAAUUUAAAACAAAGAAAUGGCCAUCUUCAAGGGCUACUAGACCACAGUCAAAGUGCAAUUAAGGACACAUGUCUUCUUGACACAUCAGAUGAAGUUGAGCCCCUGGAGGAGCAUUUGAGUUCUGCAUCUAGCAGACAUGACAGACUUUACAAUCAAUGGAGUUUUAAAGCGCUUAUUAGGAAUCCUAAUCUAUGUUUCAUUGCAGGACUCUUGGUAGGUUUGCUCCUACUUGGACCUUUGCUUUUCUUUCCUGAUGAUUUCGCUGACUUUGUAGAUCUAUACAUACGUCGCGGCUGUUAA